AUGUCGACUCACAAAGCCCUGGUGCUCCACGCCCGGGAUCAGCCACUCAUCCUUGAAACUGUCCCCCGGCCCAUCUCAUCAACCGGUGACGCGAUUGUUCGCAUCCUCGCUGCCGAUAUCGUACCCUACAUGGGAGACGUGAUUAGCAACAAGCGCCCUUACCCGCUCUCCGUGCCCAUGACACCGGGGAACACCGCCAUUGGCCGAAUACACGAAGUUGGACCGGAUGCCGUGGACCUAACACCUGGCCAGCUCGUCUUCUGCGACAUCACCAUUCGCGCCCGAGAUAACCCGGCUGUCUCUAUCCUCUAUGGUGUCCAUGGCGGCGGAUAUCCCGCAGCACAGAAACUUAUGGACGGCGUCUGGCGUAACGCGACGUACGCUGAGUACGCGCGAUUCCCGUUAGAGAAUUUAUACCGCCUGGAUGAAGCGCUUCUUCUUGGACCACUAGGAUACAGCAUUAAUGAUCUCUGUCUCUUGCCAGUGUGCCUUGUUCCGUUUGGCGGUCUUUCAGAGGUCGGCUUGAAGCCUGGCGAGGUAGUGAUCGUGGCUCCCGCAACAGGGCGGUACGGCGGCGCCGCUGUGAACAUUGCCCUGGCAAUGGGCGCGACGGUGAUUGCUGGUGGGCGGAACCAGACCAUGUUAGAGAAGCUUAAGAGUAUUCAUCUUACAAAUCGACUAAGAACGGUCCGGAUCACCGGGGAUGCUGCCGCUGAUACAGAAUUGUUCCGUACAGCAACUGGGAAGCCGGAUGGAGCAGACGUGUAUCUGGAUCUUUCGCCACCAGCAGUUCAGGGGUCAUCGCUCCUAGCAUCUGGCAUUCGAUCAUUGCGUGCCUUCGGUCGAUGCGUUGUUAUGGGAGGCAAUUCGGGAAAUAUCGACUUCCCUUACCUCGAGAUCAUGUUCAAGAGUAUUCGAAUCCAGGGGCGGUUUAUGUACGAUCGCCAGCAUGUGCAGCAGAUGAUCCAGAUGGUCGAGUCGGGAUUGCUUCCUCUUGGCAGCAAGUCUGGUGUCUCUCAGACGAAGGUGUUUGGGCUUGAAGAGAUCCAACAGGCGUUGGAGUCCGCUGGUAAUCUGAGCGGUUGGGGUGAGCAUGUGGUGCUCAAGCCGUAG